CUCUAUGUAGAGCAGUCCAAGUCCAACCUCGGGAGGAUAACACGAAGCGAACUCCCUGCCUCUCGAUCCUCAGUCGCCACUCCCUACUCCUACUCUCGUGGAGCUAGCUACCGUCCGACCAAGUAGUGAGUCCAGCGGUAGGCCUGCUCAAACCAAUUUGCUCCUCUCCCGCCGCUGCCGCCGUCACCGCCGCCGCGCGCGAGAUCGUAAAGACGGCAAUCCGAACUCAGUUCAUGACAUCUCUGAUGUGCAUGACACCCAUGGUGCACGCGGGACAAUGAACGGGUUUUAAGUUUUAAACCAACUGUUUGGGUUAUUCCAAUGCCGUAAAGAGAUCUUGAUCGAGUCGACGGCCCCUCGUUCGUUCUCGACGACAUUCCACUGGCAUUGAUCAGUUUCUGCUCAACUGAAGUUCUUUCUUCAUCGCCAAGUGCUACUCACAUCUGAGGAUCCGAGAUGGUGCUGGCGAGCACGCCCAAGGUGGUGCUAGGAUGCGUGGCCUUCGUCAUCUUCUGGGUGCUGGCCGUGUUUCCGUCGGUGCCCUUUCUGCCGGUGGGCCGGACGGCGGGGUCUCUGCUGGGCGCCAUGCUCAUGGUGCUCUUCCGCGUCAUGACCCCCGAGGAGGCCUACGCCGCGAUUGACCUCCCCAUCCUGGGCCUCCUCUUCGGCACCAUGGUGGUCAGCAUCUUCCUGGAGCGCGCCGACAUGUUCCAGUACCUCGGGAGCAUGCUCUCCUGGAAGAGCCGCGGCAGCAAGGACCUCCUCUUCCGCGUCUGCCUCGUCUCCGCCGUCGCCAGCGCGCUCUUCACCAACGACACCACCUGCGUCGUCCUCACCGAGUUCAUCCUCAAGGUGGCCAGGCAGAACAACCUGCCGCCGCAGCCCUUCCUCCUCGCCCUCGCCUCCAGCUCCAACAUCGGCUCCUCCGCCACGCCCAUCGGCAACCCGCAGAACCUUGUCAUCGCAGUCACCAGCGGCAUCUCCUUCGGCUCCUUCCUCUUCGGCAUCUUCCCGGCCAUGAUCGUCGGCGUGCUCACCAACGUCUUCAUCCUACUCUGCUACUUCUGGAAGUACCUCUCCGUCGAGAAGGUGAGGGACCAGGAGGCUGCCGCGCAUGAGCUCGUCGUCGCCGACGACGAGGUCAGCUCGCACAGGUUCACGCCGGCCAGGAUGUCGCACGCCUCCUCAGUCAACGGCGAUGCCGACUACAUGCGGAGCGAUAGCAUGACCAGGGGCGGCGUUGGCGACACCCUCCGGAGCAGGAGCUACAACUCCGAGGGCGACCGCGAUAUCCAGGUGGCCAUCAGGUCGCUGCGCGCGUCCAGCAUGUCUCAGGAGAUGGUGGAGGUGUCCACGGUGUGUGACCGUGGGCGCGACGACGGCCCACGGAAGGUCACGAGGACGACCAGCCACCAGCGGAGCGUGAUCAUCGAGGACGCGCCAGAGAAAGAUGCCUGCUUCCACGAGAAGGAGAAGCCGCAGGAGGAGGAAGAGAUGAAGCGCAAGACGUGGAAGGUGUUCGUCUGGAAGACGGCCGUCUACCUCACCACCCUCGGGAUGCUCAUCGCGCUCCUCAUGGGGCUCAACAUGUCCUGGUCCGCAAUCACGGCUGCCCUCGUCCUCCUCGCGCUUGAUUUCACCGACGCCCAAGCUUGCCUCGAGAAGGUAUCCUACUCGCUGUUGAUCUUCUUCUGUGGGAUGUUCAUAACGGUGGAUGGUUUCAAUAGAACUGGCAUACCCAACGCGCUGUGGGAGCUGGUGGAACCGCAUGCGAGGAUCGAUAGCGCCAAAGGAAUUGCCCUUCUUGCGGUUGUCAUUCUUUUUCUUUCCAACGUCGCCUCCAAUGUUCCGACAGUGCUGCUGCUGGGCACUAGAGUGGCGGCAUCAGCUCGUGCGAUAUCCCCAGCUUCGGAGAAAAAAGCCUGGCUCAUACUAGCCUUUGUCAGCACGGUGGCCGGAAACCUUACGCUCCUUGGCUCAGCGGCGAACCUAAUCGUCUGCGAGCAGGCACGGAGGGCACAGUUCCACGGGUACAACCUCACCUUCUGGAGCCACCUGCGCUUCGGCGUACCAUCGACGAUUAUCAUCACCGCUAUCGGGUUGCUCAUCGUCGUUAGCUACUGAUAAGGAAAUGGAGGAAGAACUCCUACAUAGCAGCAAAAGUGAAAGGUAUUAGCAGGUUCCUUCCACAAGGAAGCAACUCUGCAAAUGGAAAAUUUACCUGGGAAAAAGAGCUGAUAUUGUAACUUGUGUCUUAUUGUAACACCGCAACUGUAAGCUUCGCGCCACAAAUUAGGUACGAGAUGUCGUCGCCCAUCUGCUAAAGCAAAUAUUGGGCAUGUUUGUACGUCCUAUCAAUAAGAUAACUCGGUCGACUGAAGUAGUCUGUGUCCGUCCAUCAAGUUCUAAAGCCAAGCUUUGCUUUAGAUAGAUGGACAGAUGGCUGGGAAAUAUGAUAUGCUGAUGUUAUUUUCAUGGCCACUGCUGAUUAAGCAUUACUAGAAUCAAAAAUAUUUUGCUUA